AUGGCCAGCCUUCACCCCCUUGACCCCAUCACCCCCGGUGAGAUCCAGUUGGCCGUGCGUAUCCUGGAGUCGGCCUUUCCGGGAGUCAAACUGCGUUACAAGCGCAUUGAUCUCCAGGAACCCGCCAAGAAUGAAGUAGUUCCGUACCUAGAGGCCGAGCGCCGGGGGAGGUUCGCCCGCGCAAACCCGCCCGCCUGCUGGCGGCCAUGUUCCACCGCCUGGAUAAUGGCACUGCUGAAUGCAGACACCAAAUCGGUGGUGUCCGCUAAGGAAUUGCCCAAGGGCGUCCAGGGCCCGGUCGAUGUGGAUGAAAUGAUUGAGAUGGAACAGGUGUGCCUGAAUCAUCCGGCCGUCAAAGCCGAGAUCGAGAAGCUCAAGCUUCCAGCGGGCAUGACGGUCUGCAUGGACCCAUGGAUCUACGGAACGGACGAUCCCAAUGAAACCCGUCGACUGGUUCAGUGCUACAUGUACAUUGUAGCACAGGAUCACCCGCAGAACAACCACUAUUCGCUGCCUUGCAAAUUCUCCCCAGUGUUUGAUGGGAUCACGCAUCAGCUGGUGCGCAUGGACUACCUCCCUGGUGGCGGGGACUCUCAAACCACGGACACGCAGCCCUGGAAGCAAGUCGCCACCGUCCAGUAUGCCCACGAUCUGCUGGACGAGCCGCUACGUACGGAUCUCAAGCCAUAUAUUGUUCAGCAGCCCGAAGGGGCAUCAUUCACUGUCAUCGGGAAUGCCGUACAAUGGCAGAAGUGGCGAUUCCGGGUCGGCUUCAAUAAUCGCGAGGGCUUGGUGUUGCACAAUGUGACAUAUGAUGGGCGCAACACGUUCUACCGUCUGUCUGUAUCAGAAAUGACCGUUCCCUACGGAGAUCCUCGUGCUCCUUAUCACCGUAAGCAGGCGUUCGACGUUGGCGAUGUCGGUUUUGGUAUCACUGCCAACCAGCUGAGCCUGGGCUGUGAUUGCCUCGGUCACAUCAAGUACUUUAAUGGAUAUCGCUGCGAUGCCCAGGGUGCUCCCAUUCAACUUAAUAACAUCAUUUGCAUGCACGAGCAGGACAAUGGCUUGCAACACAAGCAUACCAACUACCGCACUGACGCGGCUACCGUCGUUCGCAACCGCCAGCUUGUGGUUCAAAUGAUUUGCACUGUCGCCAACUACGAAUACAUUUUCGCGUUCAUCCUCGACCAGGCCGCUAACAUUGAGCUAGAGGUGCGUGCCACGGGCAUCCUGUCAACCGUGGCAUUUGACAAUGAGAACGGCCAGACAGUGCCAUGGGGCACCAACGUUGGACCGGGCGUAAUGGCCCCAUACCACCAACACAUGUUUUCGUUCCGGAUUGAUCCUGCAAUUGACGGGUUCAAAAAUACGGUCUAUUAUGAAGACAGUGUGCCGAUGCCCGAGGAUGACCAGAACCCGUGGUUGGUCGGAUACACGACGGAACAGAACGUUAUUAAGACCAGCGGCAGCGCCUCAACGAGCGUGGAGCGCCACCGCGUGUUCAAGUUCCGCAACGACAGUAUUACAAACCCUGUCACCUAUAAGCCUGUUGCAUACAAGUUGCAUGCCAUGCCGAGCCAGAUGUUGCUUGCACACCCGAAAUCAUUCGGAAGCCGACGAGCUCGAUUUGCGACGCGGCCUAUCUGGGUGACCAAAUACCAGGACGGCGAGCUGUAUGCCGGCGGCGAAUUCACGAACCAGUCCAAAGACUCGAAUGGGGUGGAGGUGUGGGCUGGUCGAAACGACGCUGUGGAGAAUGAAGAUGUCGUAGUCUGGCAUACAUUCGGUCUUACCCAUAACCCUCGCAUCGAAGAUUUCCCCGUCAUGCCGAUGGAGCGUGUUAGUGUAAUGCUCAGGCCGGAUGGCUUCUUCACCAAAAACCCGGCAUUGGAUGUCCCGCCCUCGACGCAGUCUUUCAACAAGUCGACUCUGCAUCCUGAGCCAGCUUGCUGUGCAGGAUCUCAGGACAAGCAUCAGGUCAAGCUGUAA